CACAGCUCUAACCUAAGACCAACAAAACUCUCACACGGAGAGAGAAGAAAAAAGAAAAAAAAAAAAGGUGAGAGUUUCACAUCCUUGUCAUCUUCAUCUUCACUUUCAAUGGAGGCUAGGAAAGAAGAUGUUAGAAUAUACAUAAUCUCGUUUCUUUUCUUCUCCUGCAUAGUUUGUGGAGGUGUCUUGCUCUCCAUCUACCUUUUUCUCCCACAAUCACAAUCCUCAACUUGGUAUCCAAUCGCAGGACUAGUUCUUGUUGGGGUCCCAUGGCUCUUUUGGUUCUUGGCAUAUUUAUAUCGAUGCAUCAGACCCGGCCAUGAUAGAUCCGAAAUCAACGAGGGCGGUUGCAGUAAUGGCAGACCAUGCCCACCUGCCGUCUCCGCCACGAGCGAAGAGGAGGAGUGCCCGUUAGACUCUCCAUGUGGCGGUGGCGGGGAACGCCGUGUGCAUUUCGGGGCGGUGGUUGUGUUGGGAAAAGAGGCAGAUCAGGGUGUUGGACAAAGAGGACAUGACAUUGUUGUGACAGAGACUAAUGGUAACUCCACAAUGGAUGAACAUGAUAACAACGGUUUGGUUGGAUUUAGGGAGAGCGAAAUGCCAUUGUCUUUGAGAGUUUCCUCUUGAUAAUAAUGAAUCAGGUACGUCAAAAAGUGCAAGUUAUUGAUAUGUGUUCGCCAUGGCUGUAGGUUUCUGUUUUUCUUUCUCUUUUUACAAUGAAAGUCAUGGACAAGAAAAAAGCAUGCUAUAGAGAAAUAUUGGGCUACAUCCAUG